UUUUAUAUAGGGAUAUUUAGGACCUAUAACUUGUGUUGAAAUAGCUAAAUUAGAAGAUUUUAUUGUUGCAUCAGGAACAAAGGAUGGUCGUAUCUUUUGUCAUAAAAUAGCAACAGAUCAUUCAAUACAAAAGACUUUUGUUGUUAGAGGUAUUCAUAAAGAAUCCAUUAAUACUCUAGUGUGGAGUCAAAAUGCAGAGAAAUUGUUUAGUGGUGAUAAUGGUGGAUGUGUUGUUUGCACUUUAAUGAACUAUGAUGAGGUUGACAUACCAUCAUCAUACUUGCUAAUUGAAGAGAAUUAUCCAGUAAUUCAACUUGCAUAUUGCUACUGCAGGCUUUUAAUAGGAACCACUGAACGAUGCUUAUUUUUUAAUCCAGCUUCAAAUAAUGAAAUUCAACAAAUUGGAAAGCAAAAUCGUAAAAGCUUGGGAAAAUAUGGAAUCACAUUUUUUCCAACAUGUUUAAAUUAUGAUUAUGUUAUAUAUUCUGCUCGACCUAAUCUUCAUUUGUGGAAAUGUGGCUCUGAUGGAAACGUGAUUGAAACAGUUAUUCUUAAGGAACUAAUGAAGAAAAAUGUACCUUUUAUACAAAUACAGAAAUCUCAACAUACUUUACCACCAAACAAUGUGCAACUAAGUCUACUAAAAUUAUAUUGUGAUCGAUAUUUGAUUUCUUGGAAUGAAACAUCAUUGCUUAUUAUCGAUCCUAUUGAAAAAAAAAUUAUUGGUUGCUGUUGGAAUUUUGACAAUAUUAUAGAUUUAACUACUUGUAAAGAUGAAAUAUUUCUUCUUCUAAGGGACAGAAAUUUAAUUAGAAUAGCAAACUAUCCAGAAAAUGUUGAAGUUAAUAUAGAUAUACAAGAAGAAUCAUUAAUAGCAUCCAUAAAAACUCCAUUUAAGCAGUUUGAAGAUUCUUGGAAGAAAUUAUCAGUGUUUCCUAUUAGAAAAGAAAAAUUUUUUCUUCAGUCAAAUCAAUUGUUUCAAUGGCAUCCAAAAAGUAAAAAUUUCCCAAGAAAUGUUGCCGAAAGUAUAAAAAGUAUUGAAUCAACCGAAGCAAUAAAUGAAAAAUAUGACAGAAAGUUUAACAUGGAUGAGAAUGAUAAACUGCAAAAUGAAAUGAUUAGUUCUGCAGAAAAUAUAUAUGAAACAGGCAAUGAAAAUUCUUCCUUGAAAACUGAUAAGAUAAAUGAAGAAAGUGAUUUGAAAUCUCUUCCAAUAAAUGAGUCAUCAAGUUGUGUGAAAACUCAAGAUGUAAAUAUUAAAGACAAAUUUUUGGAAAACAUACAAAAUAAUCAAAUUACUUCAACAGAAAAAACAGAUGAAAAUUUAAAUAACACUGAUAAGCUUUCUAAUGAAAGUAAUAAUUCAGAUCAAUCAAACUCUCAAGAUAAAAAAAAUUUAGAUUUGGUAAACAAUCGUGAACCUCUAUCCUUAGAAGAAAUACUUUUUCGAUAUAAAAAUUACCACAAAGAAAACAGAGACAGAUCAGAUCUUUGUGAAACAUCAGACAUUUCUAAUUCAAACAUUACAGAUAAUAUUUCUACAGAAAAAGAAAAUGAAAUAAAAGACAAGAGUUUAAAUAUAAACAAGGCAAAUAAUUGUUUAAGUUUUACAGAAACUGGAGAAAUAAUAACUCAGGAAGAAAAUGAAAACAAAAAUCAAGAACAAUUAACAUCUAUGAAUGAAGAAAUUUCAAUAAAUACUGAUUUUAAAAGUAAUUUGGAAUUAAAAAUUGAAAAUUGUGAAUUUAAUCGUAAAAUUCAAAAUUUUGAAAAUAAUUCUUGUAUUAAAAAAUUUGAUGAAGAAUCAAAGCACUGUAACAAUUCUGAUUCAGUUGAGAUGUUACAUUUGAGUGACAACAAAAAAGAUUUAAAAUCAAAUGUAGUUACUAACAGAAUCUUACUGGAUUACAAAGAUAUUUGGAUUCAAGAUAAAACUCCUGAUCUAUUAGUAAGCUUAGCUGCUUGCAAUCAAUAUUUAUAUUGUAUUGAUAUUAACAGAAAAGUGUGGUAUUCUUCACUUUCUCAAUUUAGUUUUUCAUGGGUAAAAACAACAAAAGAAGCAAACCAAAUAGCUGUUCCUUUAAAUGGAAAUGUUGUUUCAGUAUUAAACAAAGGAACUGCUUAUAUAGCUUUAUUUUCUCCAAAAGAAAGAAACUUGUCCUCUGCUAAUUGGAGAAUUGUUGCUGAAAACAUCAGUUAUAUUGCUAUUGAUGACAGUUCUAUUUGGUAUAUUAAUAAUAAUGGUGAAUUAUAUGUUCAGCAAUAUGCACUACUUUAUCAGUCAAAUUUUAAAUCAACACACAUAUCUUGUGAAUAUCAUCUUGCUGAAGUUACAUCUCAAUCUGGCAAUGUUUGUGUUCUGACAACUACAGGAAAAAUUUUGUAUAGAACUGGCAUAACUGUAUAUAAAACUGAAGGAUCUGGAUGGAAAGAAAUAAGGUUAAUGGAAAAUAUGAUAGUUAAAACUUGUGCUCUUGGAUGUAAGGAUUUAUUAUGGAUUAUCGAUAAUCAUUGUAAAGUUUGGUUUCACCCUAAUAUUUCAAAAGUUGUCACAUCUGAAACAAAUUGUAAAUGGUGGCAAAUUGAUAUGAGUGAUUUAUUGUUUCAAGAUAAUAAUCAAAUGAGGAUGAUAAAAGAUUUAGCAUCAUCAAGCAUGUUAUGCAUGUUAUCGAGUUCAAACAUACCAUGGAAUGGUAAAACUUCAAAUUUACAUUCCUAUAUUACCACCAAUGAAAAAGGUGUUUGGUAUUAUGAAUUACCUAGUAAAACUAUUUUUUCAAAUAGGAAAGAGAUAAUUGGACAUCAUUGGAAAAAAAUUCCUUUAGGAACAACAGAGAUUUCAUAUAAUUUGAAAUAUAUUUCUGCAGAAAGUUCAACUUCUGAAAAAGGUGGUAUUUGGGGACUGUUAAAAAAUAAUGAUAUAUUACAUUUUUCUAAUGAAACUGAAAAACCGUUGAUACUUAAGCCACCUGAUUUGCGUGAUAAAAUUAGUUGUUUAACAUCAGCUCCAGAAGCAUUAUGGAUAUUAACAUCACUAGGUAAAAUUUUUAUAAUAAAUGAAAUUUUUUGUACCAAUCUGGAAGAAAUUAAUUGGAAAAAAUUAGAUUUAUCACAGUUGGCAAAUAUACACUUAGUUCACAUAACUUGUGGGAAAAAUACAGUUUGGGCUUGUGAUAAUGAAGGAAUUUGUUAUUUUCGUGCUGGACCUCUUACUUUAUCUUCUGUUCGGACACUUAAUCAAGCAUGGAUUCCUGUUGAUUUAAAUGCUGAACAUGAAAUGAAAGCUUUUGUACAGGUAUAUAUUUUAAAUAUUUAUUUUUAUCUUUCAGGUGGUAUUUGGGGACUGUUAAAAAAUAAUGAUAUAUUACAUUUUUCUAAUGAAACUGAAAAACCGUUGAUACUUAAGCCACCUGAUUUGCGUGAUAAAAUUAGUUGUUUAACAUCAGCUCCAGAAGCAUUAUGGAUAUUAACAUCACUAGGUAAAAUUUUUAUAAUAAAUGAAAUUUUUUGUACCAAUCUGGAAGAAAUUAAUUGGAAAAAAUUAGAUUUAUCACAGUUGGCAAAUAUACACUUAGUUCACAUAACUUGUGGGAAAAAUACAGUUUGGGCUUGUGAUAAUGAAGGAAUUUGUUAUUUUCGUGCUGGACCUCUUACUUUAUCUUCUGUUCGGACACUUAAUCAAGCAUGGAUUCCUGUUGAUUUAAAUGCUGAACAUGAAAUGAAAGCUUUUGUACAGGGCAACAGUUAUCAUCAAACAAGAACCACUUCCCAUUCAGUUAAACAAAUUUGUAUUACAAAGAUAUAUGCUGGCCAAAAUUAUUUUAUGAUUUGGGCAAUUGAUAAAAAACAUAAUAUAUAUGUUCGUGAAGGAAUAUUUCUAGACUUACCAAUUGGAACUGGAUGGGUUUAUGUUAAAGGAAUUCAAGCAAAACAGUUAUGCAUUACAAAUAAUUUUGUUUAUGCUGUAACAUUGAAUGACAGUAUUUACUGUAGAAUUGGAAUUACAGAUAAAAACUAUAUAGGAGAUUAUUGGAAAAAAAUUCCAGGAAGUGCUGUUUCUUUAUCAGCUAAUUCUGAUGGAAGAUUAUAUGCUAUUGGUUUGGAUGAGGCACUCUAUCAACAUGAAAUGCAUGUAAUAAAACAAUCCUCUUCUGCUAAGUUCAAGUCUGUAUCAACAGUUGUAGAGAAAGUUCAAGAAGAAGAUUGGGAAUUCAUUUAAAAGUUAUAUAAAUUUGUUUAAUUUCAAUUAAUUUUCAACAUGAAUUAUAUUAAAUAAAUGCCAUUUAUGUAUAAGUUUCUUAAGAGAACGAAUUAUGUAUAAUAUAAGUUGUAUAAGAAUUGUAUUAUUUUAUUAUUUUGAUAAUUUAACUGUUUACAU